AGCAAAAUCUUCACCUUGUCUUUGUACCUAUAGACACGAGCAAACACACAAGAGGGGCAGAAAUACCAAAAGCUACAAUUAUACAAAAAAGAGUUAAAAAGGGAUUAAAAAAAAAAGAAAUGACUACAAAAUCAUGUUAAAAAGACCAUGAUAAGAACACGAUUUUGUUCACUUAGCACAAAAGAAACCGAUAGAUUAGUUCGCUCAAAGAAAUGCACAUGUAAAGAUAAAAGAAUUCUUGUGUGUUUGGCGGGUCAGUGGGUGCGGGUAAAAAAGUUGGGGUGGCUUGGCUAUGUGGGUGGGUGAAUAGUGACGGAGUCAAGAUCUUAACGUUGGUAGGUACCACCAACUAAUACUAACCGACAAUAAUUUAAUCUAAUAUAAUCACAUUAAAGAAUUAAAAAAAAAAUAGAAUAGCCAAUUAAUAUAGAGUACCAUUACUAAAGAAAUAUGAUUGAUAACCAAUUGAGUGUUGGUGUGGUGGUGAUUGUGACAUGUGUUUGAUCCCCCGCAACAACAAGUGGGAGGGGACUGUAACCUAACCACCUAAAAAUUCAGAACUAAUCCCCAAAUCCGGAUUAGCCCAAGGGUGAACCAUAAAAAAAAAAAAUACUACAUAUAUAUAAUUGGUAAAAUAAUUAUCCGUUACUAUUAAAAAGAACCAAAAGUGAGCACAAAAUUGGAAUAAGGACAAUCAACAUUUCAAUACAAGGGGAAAUCAAUUCAAACCCAUAUUCAUGUAUUCUCUCUGCUAAAGGGCAAACUUCCACCAGCGACGAUAGGAUAGGAGUUUCCUCUGUUUAAGUUGUUAGUUUUCCGUGGUUUGGCAGUUGCUACUUCAGGUAACUGGAUGUAAAUAUUCAUGUAUUCUUCUUCUUCUUCUUCUUCUUCUUCUUCUUCUUCUUCUUCUUCUUCUUAUUGGAAGCAUGGAACAUGGAAAUCACAAGAAUUGAUAAUUUGAGGAAAGAGAGUAAAGAAUGAACAACACUUCAACAAUGUUGCUAAGACGCAGCUUCUGUUGCGCAACCUUGAGCAAUCCUCGUUGUUCAUCAUCCUUGAAUAACAAAAAGAAGCCUCUUGUUUUCUUGGGUUCUCCUCAGGUUUCUGCCAAGGUUCUAGAUGCUCUUUUUAAUGCAUCCCACUCUCAAGACUCUUCUUUUGAGGUUGCAGCUAUUGUCACCCAACCUCCAUCUCAGAGAAAUAGAGGCAGAAAAGUCUUGCCUUCUGCUGUUGCACAACAUGCCCUUGAAAGAGGUUUCUCUUCUGAUCUCAUUUUCACACCUGAGCGUGCAAAUGAGGAAUGGUUUUUGGCCAAUCUUAAAGCCUUGGAACCUGAACUUUGUAUUACAGCAGCGUAUGGGAAUAUUCUAUCCAACAAGUUCCUAAACAUUCCAAAGCAAGGCACGGUAAAUAUACACCCAAGUUUGCUGCCCCUUUAUCGUGGUGCUGCUCCUGUUCAAAGAGCAUUGCAGGAUGGUGUUAGGGAAACUGGAGUUUCAUUAGCCUUCACUGUUAAAGCACUGGAUGCUGGACCUAUCAUUGCAUCUCAAAAAGUUGGUGUGGAUGACAAUAUUAAGGCACCAGAGAUACUGGAUUUUCUCUUUGAUAUUGGCUCAAAACUUUUGUUGCAUGAGCUUCCUUCAAUAAUUGACGGAACAGCAAGAACUAAAGCACAACCUCAAGAUGAUUCUAAAGCUACCUUAGCUCCAAAGAUUACUCCCGAAGAAUCAUGGCUAUCGUUUGAUCAAGACGCUACUGUUCUGCAUAAUAAGGUACGGGCAUUUGCAGGUUGGCCUGGAACUCGAGCUAGAGUUCUAGUUGAGGAUGCAGCACAUGCUCAAGAGAACGUUUUAGAGUUAAAAAUAAUUUCAACAAAAGUUUCCAGCACUUUCAACGCUCAGAAUGCUGAGGCAGAUUGUGUCGCUUUCAGAAAUGGUGCAUUGGUCUUUACUUGUGAUGGAGGCACAGCUUUGGAGGUUCUAGAAGUUCAGCUCCCGGGCAAGAAAGUGGUGAAUGCAGCUGCAUUUUGGAAUGGCUUGCGAGGUCAAAAGCUAAAAGUUUCUGCAAACAAGGGAGCUGCAAUGUCACAAGCGUAAAAAGUACUCCGUAAGUGAGUAAUUUCUUCGUUUUUUCAUCAGAACUUCCUAGUGAGAAGAGGAUAGGCUGCCGUAGCUAGCUUGCUUUAACUGAAGACUUGAAACUUGAGAGCAGCAGAGGCACUACAUGAAGUGCCUUCCAUAGCUAUAUCACCAUGCCUGAUUUUUGUUCAAUACUGACUUCUCUUAGCAGCAUUUUCUGCCCGUAAUGACUUCCCUUGCCAGUAACGUAUUCUUUCACUUAUCUGUCAUUUUACUAUUCUCCAAACAAACAUCAUCAUGUAGUAACAUGAUAUUGUAUAUGAGACAUCAUACUUCUGCUGCCAAGUGCCAACAGAUUUAUUGUAACAUGACUGGGGUUUAAUUUUAUUUCAAAUCAAAAUCAGUUUUGAUCAGCAAUGAUAGGAAUUAAGUUUGGUAGCUGCCUAGCUGGUUACAAGGAGUGAUAAUGAGAAUGAAUUGAAAUGUACUCGUAUUUGGCAAGCAAAGUUAUAUUCUAAUCUCUUUGGUGAUGCAAA